AUGCGUGUUGAGUCAGCGCCAGCCGGCGACCCCCAAGCUGUGCCCACCCACGGUGACCUGCGGCAGCUGCGGGAGUUGCGUGCCACCUUGCGGCGGGAGAGCCUCGAGCGGCGGCGACUGGAAGAGUGCCUGCAGCCGAUGCUUCGGCGCCUGGGUGACGUCGAGGCGGAAGCCGCGCGACUUGGCGGCGACUUGAGGGACACCGCCAUUCAGCGGGAGGAGCUGCAGCGCCAAAUCUCCGAGCGCCACCAGUCGGUGGCGAAGCUUCAGCAGAUGUGCCGCAAGGAGCAGGAGACGCGGCGCCGCCUGGACUCGGGCCUUCUGCUGUGCCGGAAGCAAAAGCAGGAGCUGGAGGAUCAGCAACUGAAGCGGCCAAAGGCACAGGAGGAUUCGGAUCUGCGCCUGGUACCCUCCUCUUCCCCGCCUUCCCUAUCUCACUUGGAGACUUCCAGCCCCUGCUCCUCCGCCGGCGCUGGUGCGGCAGCAUCGGAUGAAGAAGCCGCGCCGCCGAGUGAGGAGGGAGCCAGCGGCCUCGAGCCCUUGGAAGCGAUGCCGUUCGAGAAGGACGUGACUUCCGCAAGGGAGAAGGGCCAUAUCGAGCGGGACGGAGAGGCAAUGUGCAGGAAUGAAGAUGCGACCAAAGCACAAGAGGUGGCAAUUCCUUCGAUCUCGCAGAGGGAUCUUUCCGAGCUGAAGGCUCUCAAGAAGCCUCCAGUCCCGGUGCGAAUGCUUAUGGAAAUUUGCUGCAUGCUCUUUGGAAUACCACCAGAGAAGCAUCUGAAUAACGGUGCAAAGAAGUUUAUCUACGACUAUUGGGAACCUGCCCGGCGGUUCCUUUUGUCCGAUUCCUUCUUCCUGCCAAAGAUCCGUGCGCUGACGCCUUCUCAGGUUUCUGCUGCACAGCGGGCUAGGAUUCGGCGGUACUUCCAAGUCCCUGACUUCACUGCCGAGCGAGUGAGGAAUUGCUCGAAAGCAGCUCUGGAGCUUUACUGCUGGGUGCGCAGCCUUGUGACGUGCAAGUCACCGGCGAGCGAUGAGCAGAAAGCGUAA